CUCUUCCCCUGUCGGUCUCGUUCUCUCCUCCCCGUCAAAUCUCUUCCUCUUUGUCUCUCUUCCCUCUCCUCUUCGUCUUUCCUCCUUCCACUACUGUAUCUUCAUUUCCGUCGCUUCUUUCAUGGUGAGGUCUGAAGAUUGGGGGUGAAGAAGUCUGUUCAGACGAGGACGAAAGCCUGCUUUCCUUUCCAGGUUUUGCCGGCCCAUGAAGACGGCGUUCGAGAGAGCAUCCGCCGCCGCCAGCGGCUGUGGCGGAGGAUUCUGGUCCGAGGCGGAGCGGGGCAUGGCGGUCGGCAUCCUCGGCCGCGAGGCCUUCGACUAUCUCGUCGCCAACCAGGCCUCCUUCGACGGCCUCACCACCCUCGGCCGCGUCGAUGCGGGCCUUCAGAGCAAGCUCCUUGACCUCGCCGAGGGCCCCCCCGACAGCCCGGGGCUUGGCUGGAACUACGUCAUCGUCUGGCAGAUUUCCCGUACACGGUCCGGCGAUCUCGUCCUCGUUUGGCGCGACGGCUGCUGCCGCGAGCCCCGAGCCGGCGAGCAGGGCUUCCAAAGCCGCCGGAACCUCCCCUACGCCGACGAAGGCGGCGGCGGCGGCCACCAGUGGAUGAAGAAGAUGGUGCUCAGGAAGCUGAAUCUCUUUUACGGCGGAUUCCAGGGCGACGACUCUGCCUUGGGGCUCGACUUUGUCACCGACGCCGAGAUGUUGUUCUUGGUGUCCAUGUUCUUCUCUUUUCCUCUGGGGAAGGGCGCCCCCGGCCGGGUCUUCGCAUCCGGUAAGCACCUCUGGAUCGAUACCCCUUCCAGCUACUGCUACCGGGGCUACCUUGCUAGCUCUGCGGGGUUCAACACCAUCGUUCUUCUGCCCUUUGAUACUGGAGUCCUUGAACUGGGCUCGCUGAGGCCGGUGGCGGAGAGCCCCGAGGUCUUGCAGAUGAUAAAGGCUGUGUUCUCCGGCACCGUUAAGGUGGGACCAAUGCCUAUAGCUGGGGGAAGGAGUGAUGGAAAUGGGCCCUCCGGCAAGCGGCCGGCCGAGGGGAACCUGAGGAUUUUUGGAAAGGAUCUGAAUCAGCGGCGCCCUCCCAGAAUGAGCGAGGGGAUUUCUGCGCCCACGCUAGCUGAUCGUUCGAGGAAUGGCCAGCCCGAGAGCGGCGGGGAUCGCGUGCUGUUUCCCAACGUUGCGAAGAGAAUGCAGAGCAUUAACCGGACAGAGGCCCCCAGCGUGACUGUUUAUCACCAGAAGACUCGCACCGGUGUCCUGAAAAUCACCAAGAAUAACAUUCAUCACACUAAUGCUGUCGGAGAGGAUCCAUUGCCGAAGAUACUCCAGCUCCAGCAGCAGCGGCAGCAGCCUGGGCAGAUUGAUUUCAGUGCAGGGCCGACUUUGAUGGCUGGAGCUCUGGUUAUCCAAGAGGGGGCGCGCUUGGAUGUGGAGGCUCCGGGCAGAGAAGACGCGGCCGGCCUGUCGAAUAUGCAGAAGCCAAGGAAAAGGGGGAGAAAGCCGGCGAAUGGGAUGGUGGAGCCACGGAACCAUGUGGAGGCUGAACGACAAAGGCGAGAAAAGCUGAACCAGCUUUUCUAUGCUUUGAGAUCGCUCGUGCCAAACGUUUCGAGGAUGGACAAGGCCUCCCUGCUUCAUCAUGCCGUGAAUUAUAUCACCGAUCUCCAGAAGAGGGUCAGGGAUAUGGAGUCGGAGAGGGACAACUUACCAAAAACUCACAAGCAAGGAAAGCAAACAAAUUGCCCUAAGAUCGAAGUCGAAGCUGGGAACGAUGUGGUGGUUGUGCGAGUGAGAUCUUCUCUGGAGACCCAUCCUAUGAAUAACCUGUUCCAAGCUUUCAAGGAGGCACGGGUAGGGGUCGUCGAAUCGAAGUUCUCGGCCGGAUUUGGUGUAGCGGUGCAUACAUUUGUGGUCAAAGCGCCGGGCUCCGAGGCGAAAAUGAAAGAGAAACUGGUUGCUGCUCUAUCUCGUGAAAUGAAUUUGACCAUAGAUGUCCGUGUGCAGGGUAGUGAGGUUUAGAUGAUGUAGCCGUGGAGAGGCAAGGAAGGAACAUGCCGAGUUAACCGUUCUAGUGUUAUUUGGAGUUGGAUCUUUAAUGCUUAAUGCUAUGUCAUCAUGUCGUUUAACUUUCA